CCUUUGCCUGUUACAGAGAUAUCCGGCAAAACAGAUGAAAGUACACCUGCAGAGGCGUCCAGGAAAAGAGACCUCAAUACAUCUCAAUCAAAGUCUACAAAAAUGCCAAGAAAACUACUUGCGACACCUGUGACUACAGAGGAAUCGAAAAUUCCUCGCCGAAUAGAAACGAUGCCUUCUAUUUCACCUGAGGAAAUGGCACUCCCUUUGUUGUUGGAUACCCCGCCUGAUUCAACACGCAAAUCAUCUAAUAGACGGAAGGCGAGAACACCCAUGGUGGCCAGGUUAGGGAACAGGAAACGAUGUGAACAUUAUAAAACUAAACAUUAUUUAUGUAAUAGGUUGAUAAACUACAAGUAUCCUUCUGUUACAGCUCCUGUGAAUUCAAUAAAACGCUUGAUAGUGUAUGAAAAAUGGUAUUUGUGUGAAGCAACAAGCCUUCAUUCCCGAUGGACCAUAGUAACAAUGAGAUGAACCAACUACUACAAGCGAUAGACACUUCCAAGGUUCCAGGGUAUCAAGAGUUUAUGCAUGACCUCAUUGUAGAAGACAUCUCCAAUCACGAGCUGAACUUUGAAACGUUAAACUCGUUCUUGUUUGAAUGGAACAAACAAGUAUAUGACGCUUUUUGUGAAAAAGCUGUUUCUUACUAUGAGCACGUAUGCGACAGAAAAGAUAAAGUCCUUAGGGAAUUGAACAUGUCUAGGCAAUGA